GGUGCGUAUACGAUUUUUUGUCACAUUUGUGCGGAAAGUUCGUUACUCAGUUGACUAAUUAUAUUCGUUCAUGAAAAUUAUAACAGUAAGUGGUAAAAAAAAUUUAUUGAAAUAUUAAUUUAUGUGCGCAUGCGUCACAUUUCUGACGCAUGCGUCGUAACUCGAGUCUCGCUCAAACAUAUGGUAUCGCGUCUAAAAUUGCUAGAUUCACGUCUAAACACUUCGUGCAAUACGCUAGGUGAUUUAUUCAAUAAAAAAUAAAAUAAGCUGUGCAAUUUAUAAUGAAUGCUUCAGAAGAUUCUGAUGAUUCUAUGUGUUCCGAUAGUUCGUGUUUAGAUAUUGAAAAUGAAGCGAAAAAAAUAACCAACGACUUAUUACCUGCCAAAUCAACUAAUCGGUACAUAGGAUGUUAUAACCAAUUCAUGGAAUGGAAGAAUAAGAAUAAAAUUCAAACGUUAGAUGAAAAUGCUUUCUUGGUAUAUUUCAAUGAACUGGCCAAAACUCUACAACCAAAUUCAUUGUGGUCACGAUGGUCCAUGCUAAGAAAUGUUUGUAACCUCUAUCUUGGAAUCAAUAUUAAUACAUAUAUGAAAUUGAAAAUGUUUAUAAAAAAUAAAGCCAAAGGUUACCACACCAAAAAAGCAAAAGUUCUUACAUUGGAAGAAGUGACAAAAUUUCUAAAUAGUGCUCCUGAUGAAAUCUACCUUGGCAUGAAGGUCAUUUUGAUAUUCGGAAUAUGCGGGGCAUUAAGAUCCAUGGAAAUUGCAAACAUUAAAAUGAAUGAUGUUCAAGACACAAAAACUCAAUUUAUAGUAACCAUCAAGGACACCAAAAAUUGUUAUCCAAGAUCGUUCAUUAUAGGAGAAAUUUACUAUGAUCGAGUGAAACAAUAUAUAUCAUUGAGACCAAAAGACAUUGAUACAGACAGAUUUUUCCUUUUUUACAUGAAGUUUAAAUGUACUCGCAAUGUUAUAGGCAAGAACAAAAUUGCUGAAGUACCGAAAAACAUCGCAUGCUAUUUAAAUCUACCAGAUCCCAAUAGAUAUACUGGGCAUUGCUUUAGAAGGACAUCGGCUACAUUACUUGCUAAUUCUGGUGCUACUUUAACUACAAUUAAAGAACACGGUGGAUGGAGAUCCAGUGCAGUUGCUGAGGGUUAUAUAGAGCACUCAUUGUUCAACAAAAAUAAUAUUUUUAAUAAAAUAACACAAUCAGAAAAAUCUUGUACUGUAACAAAAGAUCUCGAUUCAGCAAUAAUACAGACUAACAAGUCAAUAUUAGAAACUAAUUGUCAUACAACGAAGUCAAGCAAUAAUCAAAAAAGACCUUUAAUUUCAAUAGAAAAUUAUAAAAAUGUUCCAACAUAUAAAAAACUAAAAGAACAAACAACUCUAGAUAAAAAUAAUAACAAUUCUAAUAUAAUGGAACACGAUUUUCAAGAAACCACUAAUAUUGACCAUAACUUUGAAAUAGUAAAUGAAGAAACAACAUUAAAUAUUGGAUCUUCUAAGCAAUUGGAACAAGUGGAUGGCUUAGAUGGACACAAUCAGAACUCGCACAUAUCAGGGCAUAAUCCAAAUAUUUCAGAAGCUGAUCAACUCCAACCACCAACUAUACAGAUAAAAUCAACAAAUGAUUUAAAGAAAAAAAAUAAUGAUAAAAAUAAUAACAAAAUAAAAGAGGAAAUACCAGCUAUAAUAAAUAUUAAAAUUGAUAAAGUAGAAACAAUUAAUAUAUAUUAUGGAAAAAAUCCGAAGGGUGAAGAAUGAAUAAGCGGCUAUUAAACUCAAAUAUUAAUUCAUCACGUGUUCAUGUUAUCGUUAAAAAACAUUUUAAAUUAUCAUUGAAAAUUUAAGUUCUUAGUUAAUUCUUUUAUUUGUAAUUGGAAUUAUUUAUCAUCUAAUUAUUAAAAUUAAUCUGUAAAAGUUUGUGUUUUUUGGAAUCUUUGUUUGAACUAUUUCAAUAUUUUCAAAUAAAUUAUUUCCUAUAAUUUUCAUAAUAUUUUU